AUGAACAUAUUAGGAAGCACAUUCCGUCGUUCUCACAUCCUCGCGCUCCAUCAAUUCACGCCUAGAGCCCUGCUCCGCAAAAUGAUCCAGUUACACAAGCAGAUCACACUCAACGAAACAGAACAAAAGAUCCACACGGUUCUCACAGACUUCUGUGGUCGGUACAACGAAACAAAAGCUCCAGCAGACCAGCUAGAGCUACGGAUCACCGGCGGCUGGGUAAGAGACAAGCUCUUGGGACAUGAAAGUCAUGACCUAGACAUUGCUAUCAAUGUUCUUUCUGGAGAAGAGUUUGCAACCCAGCUCUUGCAGUUUGCAAGCGAUGAGGGCUACAACUUGGGGCUGAACAGCACGGAUCUCCACAAAAUCAAGAAGAAUCCAGAGAAGUCGAAGCAUCUCGAAACAUGCACUACGAAGAUCUACGGGCUUGAUAUCGAUUUCGUCAACUUGCGUAACGAACAGUAUACUGAGGACAGCCGGGUUCCCAUUAUCGAGUGUGGAACGGCCGAAGAGGAUGCAUUGAGAAGAGAUGCCACGCUAAAUGCUCUUUUCUACAAUGUCACUAAGAAUGAAAUUGAAGACUUGACUGGACGUGGUCUUGCAGACUUGCAGGCUGGCGUCUUGCGCACGCCAUUGCAGCCAUUGCAAACGUUCUUGGACGACCCACUCCGUGUUUUGCGUCUCAUUCGAUUUGCUGCCCAAUUCAAUUUCACCAUUGAGCCUGAAACAUUGAGUGCUAUGGUAGACCCUGAGCUUAAAACUGCCCUUGUGCACAAGAUCAGUAGGGAGCGUGUAGGCGUUGAGCUAGAAAAGACACUUAAAAGUAACAAUGUCUCUUAUGGUCUUCGAUUGAUUAAUUAUGUUGGAUUGACGCCAAUACUAUUCGACUCAGGAACUCUACGCCCUACAAUCAUGAAACUCAACGACCAAAAACUUCUUGACGAGCUUAGAAUUCAGGAGCAGAUGGUGGAUACAAGAGUGGAUGAAUCAACACAAAUCUUUGAUCUGUUUUGUGAAUACGUACAAAAAAACCAGUGUUUUGGCACGAUUGCCAGAGCCAUCCUUGGAAACCCUUCUACCACCAAACAGUUCUGGCUCUUUGUAACCUUAGAGCCAUAUGGCGGCAUAUUCGUCAAAGCAAGCGAAAAAAAGAAGACAGAGAUGAAUUACGUGGAGCUUAUCAUCAAAGAGGGUUUGCGUUUUGGCAGAGGUGAUUAUGACCUGGCGUCGAAGCUUACCGCCUCCACGAGAGAUGAGUUUCUUCAUAGCCAUUUUGCUUGUCCGGCAGAAACGACCCGUUCGGAAUUGGGAACUUAUAUCCGCAAGUACGGGGAGCAUUUUGAAUUGAAUUUGGUUGGCAAUGCGUUCCUAGAUGUGCUUAAUAGUGUCACUGUCACUGAUCAGAUUCGCACCUUACCCACGCCAAAUGGAACUAAAGUCGAGGUGAGUGAGCAAAUCUUGGAUUCCAUCAUAGAGAAAUAUGAUGCGUUCCUUGCCACCAUCCAACGGCGCAAUUUAAACGAUGUCCGCGAGAUGAAGCCAAUAAUCGAUGGCAAAGUAAUCAGCAAGGCAUUGGAGAGGAAGCCGGGUCCUUGGAUGCGCCCGGUCACAGAUGAAGUUGUUCUGUGGCAAUUAGAUCAUCCGGAGGGCACUGCCGAGGAGUGUCUUGAGCAUGUUAGACAAUUCUUAAAGGAGAUGUGA